AUGAAAAAUCUAGUAUUGCUUGUUGUCUGGGUAGCCUUUACUCUUGCACAAGUUUUCGAAAUUGAAUCGGUUGAUGACAUUCUACGAAACGAAUUCACAUUGCUUUACUUCUAUGCUCCAGAUUGUAAAUAUUGCAAUGAAUUCAACCCCGAUUUUGCGUACUUAGCCGAGCUUUAUAGUCAUAACCAGAAUCUAAAUUUUGGCAAGACGAAUGGCCGUUCUAGUAAAGAACUAGCGGACUUGUUUAAGGUGAAUAAGUUUCCAACGAUAAAACUUUAUGAUGCACACAAAAAAAAAGUUGCUCACUUUGAGAAAGAAAGGUCGACCACUCACUUAAAGGAUUUCAUCACUACAUAUACCAAAUUGUACCCCGAUGAGGGGAACGUUGUCUCGAAUAUCGAGUUGGUAUCUUCCUUGAAGGAACUAAAUGAUAUUGUCGAACACAAUGAGGAGGUCGUCCUUGCAUUUGCUACUCGGCAAAGUCCAGAAUGGAAAAGAUUUCACUACAGCGAUCACUUCUACCAAAAGAUUGCAGCUCUGGAAAGAAGCAGAAAGUUUGUACUAGUGCUCGCAGACGAAAAUGGAUCUGAUAUAUUGGAGGAGUACCAUGUGAGUAAUUUUCCGUCAAUCGUGAUGUUAACGCCAAAGAGCAUUAGAGCGUUCAACACACUCUCCACCAAUGUAAUUACGAACCACCUUCUUGAUGAGGACAAGGUGACACAAUUUUUAAAUCUUUCCCAGGAAUUGGAGGAGACUUUCUCUUUUGGUAGCUUGCAGGAGCUUAAAGACUUUGUCGAAUCGAGGGAAUACGACGGCCACAAGCAAGUAAAACCUGGUAUGAACAUCCACAAUGUCGGUUCAAUUGCCUCCAAAAGUACGGACGAGGAAUAUGAAGAUCUUUUGUAUCAUAUUGAGCUUUAG